GAAGUCGAGUCGAGUCGAGCCUCCAGCGUCCGGCGCGCAGGCCUUCCGCCGCGUUGAUCUUUCGGUUGCUGGUGGCCGUGGGCCGCACGGUCUACGGUCGGGCUGAAAGACGCGCGCUGCAAUGGCGACCUUUGUGAGCGAGCUGGAGGCAGCCAAGAAGAACUUGAGCGAGGCGCUGGGGGACAACGUGAAACAAUACUGGGCCAACCUGAAGCUGUGGUUCAAGCAGAAGAUCAGCAAGGAGGAGUUCGACCUUGAAGCUCACAGGCUCCUCACACAGGACAAUGUCCAUUCUCACAAUGAUUUCCUCCUGGCCAUCCUCACACGUUGUCAGAUUUUGGUUUCUACACCAGAGGGUGCUGGAUCUUUGCCCUGGACAGGGGGCUCUGCAGCCAAGCCUGGAAAACCCAAGGGGAAGAAAAAGCUUUCUUCCGUUCGUCAAAAAUUUGAUCAUAGAUUCCAGCCUCAGAACCCCCUCUCUGGAGCUCAGCAGUUUGUGGCAAAGGAGCCCCAGGGUGAUGACGACUUGAAACUUUGUUCACACACCAUGAUGCUUCCCACUCGAGGUCAACUUGAAGGGAGAAUGAUCGUGACUGCCUAUGAGCACGGGCUGGACAAUGUCACUGAGGAGGCCGUCUCUGCUGUGGUCUAUGCGGUGGAGAAUCACCUCAAAGAUAUUCUGACCUCAGUUGUGUCGAGAAGGAAAGCUUACCGGGUACGGGAUGGUCAUUUUAAAUACGCCUUUGGGAGCAACGUGACGCCACAGCCAUACCUGAAGAAUAGUGUGGUGGCUUACAACAACUUGGUUGAAGGCCCUCCAGCCUUCUCUGCUCCAUGUGCCAGUCAGAGCCCAGCGUCUCAGCCACACCCCGACGAUGCUGAGCAGCAGGCUGCAUUCCUAUUGGCCUGCUCGGGGGACACGGUACACAGGGAAGUCAUUCCUACACAUACUGUGUAUGCCCUUAACAUUGAAAGGAUCAUCAUGAAACUCUGGCACCCCAAUCACGAAGAGCUACAACAAGACAAAGUCCACCGCCAGCGCCUGGCCGCCAAAGAAGGACUUUUGCUCUGCUAAAUUAGAAUUUGAAGAUUUGGGACCAUCACUAAAUUAAUUGGUUGCUGAAAAUUGAAUGCUUUUGAGUCCACAUUUCAAAACUGAAGUGUAUAGUGUAUGUAUAACCUUUCCUAUGGAAAUGUGACAUUUGAGUGCAUUUUGUGUUGCUACUGUGAAGCCAUUAAUAUGUCUGACUGAUGACCUGGGUGUCUGUGUCCCCACGUAUAGGAGCAGUCAUUGGUCUGUGUCUGAGUAGGGAUCUUAAGACACCUGAGGUGUAUCUGGUCUGUCAGUAAUUAGGUGACAUCGUAGAAUAAAGAUGCUGUGUCCGUUCAGUCCCAUGAUUAGCAGGACCACUGUGUGUUCAGUGAUGUAUGUUCUGUAUCUGGCAGCGUAAAAUCUGCUUUUCCUAAAGAACUAUUCUCUGCAUAUUGGUGGAAUAGCCUAGUGUUCAUCAGAAUCUUUUAGUGACUAGUUAGCAACCGAAGUUCCCAAGCAACCCGUUUUCACUCGAGAGAGCAGGAUUUAGAUAUGUGCUUCUUGCUUUGCUUUAAUACUUGAGUCCAAUUCUUAGAUGUAGUUAUCCUUACAGAGCUUUCAGUAAUUUCCUUGUUUUAGCUGACUGACAAGCUUGUUAAUCCUAUAGAAUGUUUUCAUGAAAUCUUACAAACUAAUUUUCCUAUUUCUACAAAAUGUCUGUUUUAUCCUUUCAAGUGGUACUAUGAAUUUGUAUCUGACAGUGUUACUGGUAACCAACUUAUUUUAAAGCUAUGUUGCUUUUUACUCAUGUAGUAUUGAUGGGUAAGUGAGAUGUAUAGAUGGGUUUUUAUAGGCCUAAACAGUGGAUACAUGUGAAUGUUUUUGUGUGUUCCUAUAUCUGAAUUUGGUUUUGUAUUUUAAACAUGACAAAUAAACAUUUUGG